UCCGUUCCAUGCCCUGGUUGUGGUGGUGGUGGUGUUGUUGCUCGGGGUCCUCUCCUGGUUGUUGUUGUUGUUGAUUCUUCCGGUCUUUCUUGUGACACUUUCUUUCAGAAGCAACCCUGCUACUGCUUCUCUUCCUGCUCCUCCUCCUGUUCCUGCCUGUCCGCACUCGCACCUCGUGCUUUAGAGCGUUCUCGCAUCUGGCCACUCUGUAUCCUUCACGCUCUCUUGCAAUCCCUUCCGCCGCCGCCUUCUCCUCCUCCUCCUUGGCUUGGCUUGGCUUGGCUGCCUACUAGCAGUGACACCAUCCAUUACUCUCUCUUCUGCCGAGCGGCUUUCCCGCAGGUUCUUACGCCCGCUCGUGCUGCUGCUUCUUCUUCUUCCUCCUACUUUUUCACCUCUGCUUGCAGUUUCUCGCAGCUUGCCCUAUUGGAUCGUCGUCGUAAUUGUCGUCGUUUGUUUCUUCCGAUCUUUCCUAGGGUUUUAUACCAUUGCAUCGGGAGUGAGGACUCUCGAUUAAGGCAACCUGAAGGCUACAGGGAAAGUUCAAUAUGGACCGGUACCAGCGGGUGGAGAAACCACGGCCCGAAAUUCCUAUUAGCGAAAAUGAAAUCCGUAUUACUACUCAAGGGAAGAUGCGGAAUUACAUUACAUAUGCAACCACUCUUCUUCAGGACAAGGGGUCAUCAGAAAUUGUACUGAAGGCAAUGGGUCGUGCUAUCAACAAGACGGUUACCAUUGCAGAAAUCAUAAAGAGGAGGAUUGCUGGGCUUCACCAAAAUACGUCAAUUGGAUCUACCGAUAUCACAGAUCUUUGGGAGCCAAUUGAAGAAGGACUCCUGCCUUUGGAAACCACUCGACAUGUCUCUAUGAUUACGAUCACACUAUCCACUAAAGAGUUGGAGAAGUCGUCUAUCGGGUACCAGCCUCCUCUUCCUGCAGAUCAGGUCAAGCCGCUGGUUGAAUUUGACUACGAAGGAGAUGGCUCGCCACGGGGAGGGAGGGGCAGAGGCAGAGGCAGAGGUCGGGGCAGAGGUAGAGGUAAUGAUGUGGAAAAUUCUGAGUACAAUGGACUUGAUGGUGGCUGGGGCCGCGGUCGUGGUCGUGGCCGGGGUCGAGGUCGGGGUCGUGGUGCCUACCGAGGCCGAGGUAGAGAUCAAGAUGCUGGUGGCUUCGAUGAGCCCAAUGCGGAUGGACCCCCACGAGGUCGGGGGACCGACUUUCCCCAGGAGACGUCAUACUCAGGUCGCGGCAGAGGGAGGGGCAGAGGCCGAGGUCAGGGUAGAGGUCAGGGGAGAGGUUUCCGCACUGACGGACCAACUCAAGAACAACCUCAGUCGGGAGCUGCCUAGAGGUCUUUAGGCAGACGACCUGGAAUCAUUUGCUUGGAGGUAGCUCUUUAAAAGUUGUCGAAGCAUGAAGCAGCCGCUGAAUGUGUCAUAUGUUGGCGCUAAACGAAGAAUGGGAUUAAUGCGUAGAAUUCUAGUGAACAAAAGCUGCUCUUUCGCUGGUGUAUGUGUGACAAUGGCCUCUCAAGCUUGUGUAUGGUGCUUCCUUGCGGUGGCAUCUGUGUAUGUUACACAGCUUCCGUUUUGCUGUAUAUCAAUCAGUGUCAAUUUGUGUUUGAGGACUAUUGUUUCUAUAAAUUAGCCAUUCUUUUUGUCCC